AUGGGUUCCAGAAAACCCCCUAACCAGGAAAUGGUUCAGGUCGAUUCUAGCGACAAAAGCACCUCUCCCUUUUGGCGUAACAGACCAAGCAAUCCUAGGAAUGUAUCCUCAAAGGCUGCGGACCCCGAUAUGGUCGUUGGUGCAUCAUAUUCGCAUACGGAUAUUCUGAAGUUUGAUUCCUUAUCCCUAACGCCUUCGAAUUCGAGACCCCACACACCUCCGUCUCUGUCCAGGGGCAACACUCGUAAUACGUCGACUCCGCCUCCAAGAUCCAACUCUGCUCUUUCUUCGCCCCCAAAACGACCCACUUAUCCUCAACUCCUGUCACAGACCAACAGUGACUGGAGCGCGGGUCAUGAGAACUAUGACGAAGAUGAAGAUGAUGUUGAACGCUACUUCUACAAUGACAAUGCAGACGAGGAUGAAUUUGGAUUGCCAAGUAUAUCGAGUAUGCGGAGAGAAGCAAAGAAAAGGAUACCCAAUAAGAAGACCAAUGAUCCUGGCGGAGGCUCUGGCAAGGGUAGCAAUGGCAUGAACUCGAUGCUGACACCUGAGCGGCUACCUGGACGAGCAAGAGCAAACAGCUCGGACAUUGCUGAAGAACGAGGGGCUCCUAUCUAUCCUACAGCAAAGCAAAACGAAGGAAAGAUAUUGAGGCCCCAAUACAAAGACAUCCUACGCGAUCCUGCAAACUCUCUCCACCUGAUCAAUCACCCUCCGCUUCCUCAAAAUGCAACUCCCAAAGAAGCGGGAGCCCACUCUACCCGAAUAUCUCGUAUCAACAAGUUCAAGCGGAUCCUUCAAGCAAGCUCCAUCCCACUCUCCGAUCUUCGAGACUCGUCUUGGUCUGGCAUACCCGAAGAGGUGCGCGCCAUGUCAUGGCAGCUUCUUCUCGGUUACCUUCCAACAAGCAGUGAACGGCGUGUUGCAACCCUUGAGCGCAAGCGAAAGGCCUACCUGGACGGCGUGCGGCAGGCUUUCGAACGAGGUGGUAGCGCCCCCAAUGCAUCCAAUGGGCGGACUUCUACGACUAGUCAAGCGCGGAUUCGCGGUCUCGACGAAGCGUUGUGGCAUCAAAUCUCAAUAGACGUACCCCGAACAAGCCCUCAUCUACAACUCUACAGCUACGAAGCAACCCAGCGCUCUCUCGAACGCAUCCUCUACGUCUGGGCAAUCCGCCAUCCAGCCAGCGGCUACGUGCAAGGGAUCAAUGACCUCGUCACACCCUUCUGGCAGGUCUUUCUUGGCAGCUACAUUACUGACAAUAAUGUUGAAAGCGGCAUGGAUCCCGGGCAGCUUCCGAAGCCGGUCUUAGACGCCGUGGAGGCGGAUUCUUUCUGGUGCCUUACGAAAUUGCUCGACGGUAUACAAGAUAACUACAUAUACGCUCAGCCAGGGAUCGUGCGGCAGGUCAACGCACUUCGCGACUUGACCACACGCAUUGAUGCAGGCCUAGCGAAGCACCUUGAGAGCGAGGGCGUGGAAUUCAUGCAGUUUAGCUUUCGAUGGAUGAACUGUCUACUAAUGCGCGAGGUGUCUGUGAGAAACACUAUCCGAAUGUGGGACACCUAUAUGGCUGAAGAGCAAGGAUUUUCGGAUUUCCAUCUAUAUGUAUGUGCGGCUUUUUUGGUGAAAUGGUCUGAGCAGCUUGUGAAGAUGGAUUUCCAGGAGACCAUGAUGUUCUUGCAAGCUUUGCCGACCCGAGACUGGACCGAGAAAGAUAUCGAGUUGCUGCUCAGCGAGGCGUUUAUAUGGCAGAGCUUAUUCCGAGGCUCGAGUGCCCAUUUGAGAAAUUCGAGUGGCGUCACAUAG